AUGGGUAUCUCGAGGCGUCCCAAGGACAAGGCCGCUCGCAAUGCUCAGGCGGCGGGCGGCGGCAUCGAAAAGCCCAAGAAGGCGACGUACGAGGUGACUAAGAAAAAGGAGAUCGGUGUGUCAGACUUGACCCUGCUCAGCAAGGUCUCCAACGAGGCCAUCAACGAAAACCUCAAGAAGCGUUUCGAAGGCGCCGAGAUUUACACAUACAUUGGCCAUGUGCUGGUCUCUGUCAACCCCUUCCGGGACCUGGGCAUCUACACCGACCAGGUCCUGGACAGCUACAAGGGCAAGAACCGUUUGGAAAUGCCGCCGCACGUCUUUGCCAUUGCCGAAUCCGCAUACUACAACAUGAAGGCGUACAACGACAACCAGUGCGUCAUCAUUUCGGGCGAAUCAGGAGCCGGCAAGACCGAGGCCGCCAAGCGCAUCAUGCAGUACAUUGCGAGUGUCUCUGGCGAGCAGUCGGGCGACAUCAAGAAGAUCAAAGACAUGGUGCUGGCAACCAAUCCGCUACUUGAGUCCUUUGGAAACGCCAAGACGCUGCGAAACAACAACUCGUCGCGAUUCGGAAAGUAUCUCCAGCUCUACUUCAACUCUACCGGCGAGCCGGUCGGAGCCGACAUUACAAACUACCUCCUUGAGAAGACGCGAGUCGUUGGACAGAUUACAAACGAGCGCAACUUUCACAUUUUCUACCAGUUCACAAAAGCUGCGCCAAGCCAGUACCGCGAGCUGUUUGGCAUCCAGAAGCCCGAAACCUACCUCUAUACCAGCCGUUCCAAGUGUUUCGACGUGGACGGCAUUGACGAUGUCGCGGAAUUCCAGGAUACGCUCAAUGCCAUGAAGAUUAUUGGAUUGAGCCAAUCGGAGCAGGAUGAAAUUUUCCGCAUGCUGUCCGCCAUUCUGUGGAUUGGCAAUAUUCGAUUCCAGGAGGACCAGGGCGGGUACGCGGAGGUGGUUGACAAAUCUGUGGUAGACUUUGUCGCAUACCUGCUGCAGUGUACAGCCGAGGACGUCGUCAAGGGCAUUACCAUCCGUAUUCUGACACCUCGAAACGGAGAGGUUAUUGAGUCGCCAGCAAACCCGGCUCAGGCAAUGGCGACCCGGGAUGCAUUAGCCAAGGCCAUUUACAGCAACUUGUUCGAUUGGAUCGUAGAGCGCAUCAACAUCUCUCUCAAGUCUAGACAGCCCACAACCAACACCAUCGGUAUCCUGGAUAUCUACGGUUUUGAGAUUUUCGAGAACAACAGCUUCGAGCAGCUGUGCAUCAACUAUGUCAACGAAAAGCUCCAGCAAAUCUUCAUCCAGCUCACCUUAAAGGCCGAGCAGGAAGAAUACGCGCGAGAGAAGAUCCAGUGGACACCGAUCAAAUACUUUGACAACAAGGUUGUGUGCGACCUGAUUGAACAAGUUCGACCUUCUGGUAUCUUUUCUGUCAUGAAGGACGCGACCAAGACGGCCCACGCAGAUCCCGCCGCCUGUGACCGAACUUUCAUGCAGAGCAUCAACGGCAUGUCACACGCUCACUUGAUUCCCCGACAAGGCAGCUUCAUCAUCAAACACUACGCUGGUGAUGUCGGCUACACUGUCGAUGGAAUUACGGACAAGAACAAGGAUCAGUUGCUGAAGGGUCUACUGAACCUCUUCCAGACCAGUGGAAAUGCUUUUGUUCACACACUGUUCCCUAACGAGGUCGAUCAGGAUAACCGAAAGCAGCCUCCCACCGCGGGCGAUCGUAUUCGAACAUCGGCCAACCUUUUGGUCGAUACACUCAUGAAGUGCCAGCCAUCCUAUAUUCGAACGAUUAAACCCAACGAGAACAAGUCUCCUUCCGAGUACAACCAGGCCAACGUCCUGCAUCAAAUCAAGUAUCUUGGUUUACAAGAAAACGUCCGCAUUCGAAGAGCUGGAUUUGCUUAUCGACAAGCCUUUGACAAGUUUGCCGAUCGUUUCUUCCUGCUGUCGCCGGCCACUUCUUACGCUGGUGAAUACACGUGGCAGGGCUCGGUCGAGGACGCUGUCAAGCAGAUUCUCAAGGACACGAGUAUUCCCAAAGAAGAGUGGCAAAUGGGCAUGACCAAGGCGUUUAUCAAGUCCCCAGAGACGUUAUUUGCACUGGAACACAUGAGAGACCGAUACUGGCACAACAUGGCCACUCGUAUCCAGCGUAUGUGGCGAGCCUACCUUGCCUACCGAGCCGAGUCUGCCACGAGAAUACAACGUUUCUGGCGAAAGAAGCGUACCGGCGCAGAGUACUUGCAGCUCCGUGACCAGGGCCACAAGGUCCUUCAAGGGCGAAAGGAGAGGCGGCGUAUGAGUCUUCUCGGCUCUCGAAGAUUCCUUGGAGAUUAUCUCGGCAUCAACGCCAUGAACGGUCCGGGUGCUCCUUUGCGGCAGGCGGCCAACCUUGGCUCGAACGAGCGUGCCAUCUUCUCGUGCCGCGGCGAGCUUCUUGAAGCCAAGUUUGGUCGAUCCAGUAAACCGAGCCCUCGCAUCAUAAUCAUCACCAAUGCCAAGUUUUACAUUAUCGCUCAGCUGCUCGUCAACAACCAACCGCAGAUCCAGGUGGAAAAGGCAAUCCCGCUGGGAGCCAUCAAGUUUGUUGGUUGUUCUACAGCCCAAGACGACUGGUUCUCACUAGGAAUCGGCUCUCCCCAGGAACCGGAUCCGCUCAUGAACUGCGUCUUCAAGACGGAGAUGUUUACUCAUAUGCAGCGUGCCAUGCCAGGAGGCUUCAACCUCAAGAUUGGCGAGACGAUUGAAUAUGCCAAGAAGCCGAACAAGAUGCAGCAGGUCAAGGUUCUCAAGGACUCUCAGCAGCGAGCCGACUUUUACAAGAGUGGCACAAUCCACACUCAGCAGGGACAGCCUCCCAACUCGGUAUCGAAGCCGCUGCCCAAGGCGAAGCCUGUGGCGGCACGGCCCAUCACCAGAGGCAAGCUGAUCAAGCCUGGUGGCCCGGGAGGAAGGCCGUCCAGACUCACUGGUAACCGCAAUACCCAGCCGAGGCCGACGCCCAGCGGCACCAGGACUGUUCCUCCGCCACCUUCCGCUCUUGGCAGCGUAGUAUCGGUAUCAUCGUCGGCGUCGUCUAAUGCUGGCCCGUCAGCAAGCACAAGCACGUUGAGCUCGGUGUCACAUCAAGUCCCAGUUAUCGGAAACGCCAACAAGCCAUUGAGCCAUGCCAGAACACCCAGCGCAAGCGCUCGAGCUCCACCACCGCCUCCAGCCCCUCCAGCUCCCCCUGCUGCCAAGCCAAAGAUUAUGGCCAAGGUGUUAUAUGAUUUCGCCGGCCAGAAAGAGAACGAACUCUCCAUCAAAGCAGGCGACAUUCUUGAGAUUAUCCAGAAGGAGAACAAUGGCUGGUGGCUAGCAAAGAACGCUCAAGGACAAGCCUGGGUGCCGGCAGCAUACGUUGAAGAGCAGGCAGCUCCCGCUCCUCGACAACCUCCGGCGCCGCCUUCGGCCAAGGCGAAACCCGUACCGCCGACGAAACGACCAGCAGCAGGUGGCCGCAAGCCCGCUGACUUGCAACAGAGAGACUCUGGAAUGAGCCUCAACGGCACCGGUGGCGACAGCCGCAGCAGCACACCGACGCCCAGCCUGGGAGGCAGCUUGGCAGAUGCCCUCCUGGCACGCAAGAACGCCAUGAACCAAAAGAGAGACGACGAGACUGACGACUGGUGA